UAAAAAAAUCCUCAACCUAAUAAACAAUAAGUAUGGAUCCUGGGAGAUGCACUUUCGGUAUCCGAAUGCCAAUCAACAUAGACAUGUUGAACCAGAUCAUCUAUAGAGAGAUAAAACAUUUUCGAAAUUACAAGAUUUAUAGACCUAACUUUAAAGCAACUCCUUUAACAUCCAAGUUCUACGCCGCACACGAUCAGAUAGGCGAAGUGUCACAGGAGCUGGCUGAGAAGGAGAACAAUUACUGCAUCAACGUGGGCAAGUACAGGGCUAAAGGACCGCGCAGUAACUACCCUUCCCCAGUUACUGACAAUCAAACGUACGGAUGGUUCAGCGAACCUCUUCUAAAGAUAGAUCGCAAUGAUCGUCGCCUUUAUUUCCCACUCAGAGAGAGUUUCCACACCAAGACUGAAAUACAGAUACAGAUGGCAAAUCCUAGGAAACAGAUAAAAUGAUCAAGCACUUUGUAUCAAGUAUCGAGCGCUU